AUGGAGCGCCUCGUCGAAAGCAACUUUGUGAUUGCAAGCCGGAUCCUCCAGCAUGCUCUUCCAUUCACCGUGAUCGCCUUGAUGCAGGAGGGCUCAGGUAUGAUCUUCGUGGUUGCCACCCUGAUCUGCUACGCGACGCACGUCCUGGUGGCCAAGGGCUGGGUCCGCAUGCCGGCCAGCAAGCUGAAGCCCUGGUGCCGCCUGAUCUACGUCAUGGGAGCAGCUGGUGCCUUCGAGAUGCGCCGCACGCAAGGCCCAGAAGUUGCCAUGGUGCAAAGCUUCCACGCGGCAGGGCGGAUGGUGUUGGUUGUGGCGUUUGUCGACAGCCGGCUCCACAUUCCACACCAGGUUGCCCUCUCGUGUGCGGAGGUGCUCUUCUACACCAUGGAGCACGGGUGCACACAAGCGGCGCUAGCCCUGGCUGUUGGACAGGCCUGCCUGCUCUGUGUCAUCAUCGCGCUGAGUCUGAUGCUGGAGUCCUACCUCCGUGACAACUUCACCGCACAGUUCAAGUCUGCAGAUGCCGAGGUCAUGAUCCGCGGGUUCCGCCAGAUGCUGCAGGGAGUCUGCGAUGGGGAGGUGCUCCUGGACGGUGGCCUCCGAAUCCAGGGCGAAAGCCCGAGCCUUCGCCGACUUCUUAUGACCACCGCCGCGGUCGACGGGCGCUCUUUCCAGGAGCUUCUGGAGGACGAUCAUCAGCAGAGGAGCCGCUUCCAGGACUUCAUCGCAAGGUCGGCUGAAGCCGUUUCAAGGCAGUCCGGAGCGACCCCGCCUUGCCUCCGGGUGUCCCUGCAAAGCAAGAGCGGCCCGCGCGUCGCUGUGGACAUCUUCCAUGUGGUGCUCCCAGGCAUGCACGGCUCGGAUGCCUACCAUCUUCUCGCCUUCCGCCAAGACACGGAGCGAGAGAACGUACCGGAUGCACAGCCGAUCCCGGAGCAGGUCUUCAGGAGUCUGAGAAAUGCGAGCGGCAGGCGCUCCCGCCCCCGUUCGGCCCGGUCCGCCUCGAGCACGGCCUCAAGGGCCUCGAGCUCGGAGUCGCUGCUGCCGACCUUUCCGCAUCUUUCCGAGAUGAUGCUCCUGGUCGACGCCUCCCAAGCGCAGCACGAGGUCCGGCAGGUGAAUCUGACGUAUGCAAAUGCCUCCGAGCAGGCCGAGAUGCCCAGCUUGCGCAAGUUCAUCCGCCCCACCGAUUGGGAGACGGUCCGCUCCAGCGUGAAGCGCGUUGCGAGCGCGGCGGCGGAGAACCCGUUGAAGGUGAUGAAGCCAGUGUACUUCAAGAUACCGCUGUGGUUCAGGAUGCUCGACCAGCCAUCCCAGUUCAUGAUGGCCAGAAAGGCCAAGCUGCUCCCGCAUUGGUGGUCCAGUAACGAGUCCAGUAGCCCCAGCAGUCCAAGCAGUUCCAGCAGCUCGAGUGGGGAGCCAUCAGAGCAAGACCCCGUGAAUCAGUGGCCGGCGCGGAACACUGCUACAUCCGGACAGCCUAAGGAGAAGAAGCCCGUCAGCCUGUGGCUGUGUCUGACAGACCUGGUGGCUGCCCCGGUUUCCGUGCGGGCGCCGGCUGAACUGGAGAUGAUCCACGAAGGGGACCACCGUCGGCUCCCGGGAAGCGUGUGA